AUGGGAGUUUGUUGGCGUCACAUCGGGAAUGUGCUUGGCUACUGCUUUUGUGGUGUUGCAUCCCGUGUCGCUUUGAUCGUUCGAGGCUCUCGGCUACUCAAAAAGCAACAGGGAACGGAGCAAGGAGACUGA